UCGCAACCACUUUAUAAAUAAUGAGCCUUGUAAUAAUUUCAACAAGUGUAGUAAUGAUUAUCAAGGCCCUUUUAUAUCGUAUCAAAUAUCGAAGCAAUGUCAGCUGACCUGAACAGAAAUGUCGGGAUUCUUUCAUGCCUACAGGAUUAUUCUAAUUCUGUAUUCUCGUUGACUUGAACAAUGGCCACGAAGAACGAUGUUUCAGCCGAACGAGUAAAAGCACUCAAACAGAAACGAAGAGCAAAAAAGAAGGCGAGAAAGCAUCGCAAAGAUUCUGCCGUCAUCGCUACUCAAGGAAAUGAACAACCUAAUCAACAAGACAAUGACGACAGUAUCGAUAAUGAACCGCUAGAAAUCGAUACAACGAUCUUGCAACAUUUCUCACGCGUUCUUGAUCACUUUAAUCUUCCUGCGCCUAACAAUACAACAACACCGGCCCAAGGCGUCAACGCUAACUAUAAUCUUGAUGACGUCGAGCACACUACUCACCAAAACGAAGAGCACAAUGAGGAACCGCGUGUCUCGAAAAAGCGGAUAAGAAAACUGACACAAUUGAAGGUUGAUGAACUGAAGCAGUUGUCCGAUACGCCCGAUGUCGUCGAGCCGUGGGACGUGACAGCCAUGGAUCCCAAGCUCUUGGUUUCUUUAAAAGCCUACCGAAACACCAUCCCGGUGCCAAACCACUGGUGGCAGCGCAAACCUUACUUGCAACGUCGUAAAGAAAGGAAACGAUGGGAACUGCCAGAGUUCCUCAAGCAAACGGGAAUUGCAGAAAUCCGUGACAGUAUCAAAGAAAAAGAGGCAGCAGCCAGGAGUGGUGCAAGACGACGAGCACGUCUCAAUCCAAAGCUGGGCAAGAUGGAUCUGGAUUAUCAAAAGUUGCAUGAUGCAUUUUAUCGAUUCCAGACCACACCUAGACUAACGAGACAUGGCGAUUUGUAUUAUGAAGGGAAGGAGAACGUAAACCAGUUUAAACCGGGUAAAUUAUCGGCGUCAUUAAAAGAGGCAUUGGAUCAAACUGAUCCACCGCCGUGGUUAUUUGGUAUGCAACGCUAUGGGCCACCGCCGAGCUAUCCACAUCUUGUGAUACCCGGUGUCAAUUCACCGAUCCCAAUAGGAGGUCAAUGGGGCUAUCAAAAAGGGCAAUGGGGUCGUCCUCCGGUUGACUCGUUAAAUCGUCCACUCUAUGGUGAUGUAUUCGCAGUGUCAUCAUGUUCUCAAGAAGAUCAGAGUGAGAUAUCAAGGGUGGAUCGCACCUUGUGGGGUGAACUCGAACCUGAGGAAGGGGAUCAGAUUACAUUGGCUAGUGACGAAGAGAGUGACGACGAAGCUACAGGUACACAGGACAAUUCAAUGGCUGAUGAAGACGAAUAUCUGAGUGAAAUUACAGUGCCUGAUGCCAUUGAGCUACGGAAAGUACCAUCAACCAUCACCAAAAAGGACAGCGACGGCAUCGACGAUAGCAAUGGCAACCUACUAUACCGACUGCUUCCCCAGAUCCCCAGUACCUCUUCGUCCGACUUUAUACCAUCACAGCAUACAUAUCAAAUACCAUCACAAACACCAGCAACAGAAACAACAGUGUUGCCAUUAUCAUCAUCGUUAAAGCGAUCUACUAUUGCGGGACAAGAUGUAGACGUUAGUAUCGAGGAUCCGAGCCAGCUGGAACAAAAGGCGACGCUACACAUGAAAUAUGAUCAAGCACAGCAAGAGCGACAGACUCAGUACGAAGAUCUGUCCGACAUGUAUUUAGAGCACGCGAGCAAACAAGCCAAAAGACAAGAAAAGCGUGAAAGAGACAAAGUGGCCAAGCGGAAGGAUAUCUAGCUUUUGAAGAUAUCUGCCAUUUUUUAUUACGUGUAGUAAGCUGCACUCAUCCUCCCACAUUUAUUGCAUUGUUUAUAUUUUACUAACCAUUUGGAAGAAGCUUUCGCAGUUUCUGACUUGUAUACAGUUUUUACUUGUAAAUAAAUAUUAUUGCUGCGUGUAAUAGGUAACGCCGUGUCAUCAGCUACGACUAGAUAAGUGCGUCUUAUUACUCGGAAGGACUUUCCUGGCUAUGUUGCUGCUUCGUAAACAAG